AACUGGCCUCAGGUUAUUGAGGGAUCUAUUAGGAUUUACCCUCGUAGCAAGGCCGUUUUAUCAUGUGGAGGUUUCAUUCGGGUCUCUAUUUUAAAAAACACACUGUCUUUGGCAGGAGAAAGGACAAACUCAGAGGAACCAGAGCCAGGGACGUCCAAACCAGCAAGACAACACCAGUGUUCCCACUGUGGAAAGUGUUUUAACCAGUUUGGGGACCUGAAACGACAUGAGAGAAUACACACAGGGGAGAAGCCUUACCACUGCUCCCAGUGUGGAAAGGGUUGUUACCUCUUAUGGGAGCUUAAACAACACGAGAGAAUACACAAUGGGGAGAAGGCUUACCAUUGCUCCCAGUGUGGAAAGAGUUUUAACCAGAAAAGCUACCUGAAAAAACAUGAGAGAAUACACACAGGGGAGAAGCCUUUUCACUGCUCCCAGUGUGGAAAGUGUUUUUACCAGUUAGGGGACCUAAAGCGACAUGAGAGAAUACACACAGGGGAAAAGCCUUAUCACUGCUCCCAGUGUGGAAAGUGUUUUAACCAGUUAGGGGACCUAAAACGACAUGAGAGAAUACACACAGGGGAGAAUCCUUACCAAUGCUCACAGUGUGGAAAGAGUUUUAACCAGAAAAGCUACCUGAAAAAACAUGAGAGAAUACACAUUGGGGAGAAGCCUUACCACUGCUCCCAGGGUGCAAAGGUUUUGCCCAUUUUAGGAAGCCUGAAAGAACACAUGAGACAGCACACAGAGGAGAAGGCUUAGAAAAGCUCAGACUGCGGGAAAACAUAUUACUCAUUAUAGUCACUUAAAGGUCAUUAGAGAAUACACACAGGAGAGAAAAAUUAUGUGUAUAUUGAUAUUUCACGUCAUAUUGACUUAAAAUUCAUCAGAGAACAUAAACAGUGCUCCCAUUGUCUUAUAUUGUUGACUGGUAAUGUUUUUACCUGUUUAUACCAUAUGAAAUUGAAUUGUACAAAGUAUACUCAAACAUAUAUUUGUAUGUUUUUAUUAGAAAACAUGAA